AAAUCGUCUGAUUCCCCGAUCGCAGCAUACUGGUUUACUUUCGAGAAUUUCCAACCUAUAUGUUAAGGAGAAGAUCGCAAUCAAGCACGUAAAUACCAAAAGCAAGAAAAAAAGAACAGAACUCUUCCGUCUGCCUCGCCAUCUUCAGAAUGGCUUCCCACAACCCAGCGAUCCAAGUCCUUUCAAGACAGAACUAUGAAGAUCAACAUAUAGUCUGCCUUCCCAACGCCUAUCCCCUCGCACCACUCAAGCCAUCUUCGAUUCGUGUCAAGCCCACCAUCAUUUCUCUGACCACCAACAACUUCAGUUAUGCACGUUUUGGGCACAUGCUCGGAUGGUGGGAUAUCCAUCCACUUCCACCUUUCAUACCAAAGGAGUACGCAGAUCCAGAGAGCUACGGUAGGAUCUCAUGCUGGGGAUACGGCGAAGUCAUCGAAAGCAAUGUACCCAGCGUCGAGAAAGGCACACAAGUCUUUGGCUACCUCCCCAUCGCAGACUUACCGGUAGACAUGGAGAUCAAGGUUAGCGACACCGUCACACAGCAAUUCAUGGAAAUCAGCAAGCAUCGAGCUCAUGUCUUGUCAAUCUACAAUCGGUACUACAUCUUCCCACCGUUCAAGACUGAAGAAGAGAGACUACAAUCUCGGGAUAGCCAAGGUCUCGAUUCAAUCUUUUUCCUCUUCGCAACAGGAUACUGCAUGAAUCGUUUCCUCUUCCCUUGGAAUCCAGCUGAGCUUGUUACUCCCUCUGGUAAUCCAGGCGAUGGCUGGAAUCUCCAAAAGGGAACCCUUGGAUCCAAUGCUGUGGUGCUUGUCUUCUCCGCAAGUGGCAAAACGGGUCUCUCCUUUGCUUACAACUUGAAAUAUGGACGUCCUGCUGGAAAGUUGCCACGCAUGGUUUGUGGCGUUGGGUCGGCACGGUCAAAGAGCUUCACUGAGAGUACAGGCCUGUAUGACAAGGUUUUGACCUACGACAUUGAUUCUGGUGAUCUCACUUCCGAAUUGGGUCUGCAUGAAGACUCAAAGAUCGUGAUUUGUGAUUUUGGCGCCAGAGGUGGUGCUUCCAGAAGAUGGGUAGCCAAGCUGAAUGCGACGUACAAAGAUGUCGUACAGCUAGGCAUCGGUGACGAGUGCGUGUCUGUUACUCCAGAACAAGCUACUGCAUCUUUCUUGGCUAGACACAAAGCUGGUGGAGAUGCUAAGCCAACGAUCAACGCUUCAGCCAUCAAAGAUCAGGCGAUGGGAAUUCUUGGAGAGCAGAAGUAUUAUGAUGAGUUCUGGAAGAAGUAUAGGGCUUUUAAGGAGCAGGGUGCUGUCCAGGGUCUGAGAUUGGUCUGGGGAAAUGGAAUGGACGAUGUGGGAAAGGGUUGGGAGAGCCUUUACAAAGGCGAGGUUGGCCCCGAUGAGGGGUUGGUAUUUGAUCUGGGUGGAAAGAGUCCUGAAAAGCUUUAAGGUUGAUCAUUGGUAAGCACCCGACAUUAUGCUAAUUUCUAGGUGAGAGAGAGUUGUCAGAGACCCUGAUCAUUGAACUUCCUGCAUCGGACAUCGACAUUUCAUUCGCAUCAACCAGCCCUCUGCAUCAGGUGGAGGACCUCUAAUCCACGGACUCUCCAGGAGUCCAAUGCAACAUGCAGCUAAUUUAAUCACAAACCUAAUCAAAUCUCUUUCAGCU